UCCCGGCGCCUGCGCAGAAAGGUGCGUUAAGAUGGAGGCUCGCUGGAGUCGACGGCUGCGGGACAAUGGUGGUGUUUCUCUGAGAUGAAAUACACAAAUCCUUUUAUUUCAGAAAAUCCUUGGAAUUAUAGUUGGUGCUACUCUGCAAUGCCUCUAACUAAAAAACGAAGUCCAGAUGGGCAGAGCGAAGAACAAGGGAGAUAUUUGCAAGCCAACAGCAGAGAAUUCAACACCGUAUUUGCAUACCCAAACAAUACCAUCAAGACCUCAAAAUACAACAUCUUGAGCUUCUUGCCCCUGAACUUAUUCGAGCAGUUCCAGAGACUUGCCAAUGCUUAUUUCCUUGCAUUGCUGGUCCUACAGCUGAUUCCCCAGAUCUCCUCCUUGACAUGGUACACAACCGUGGUACCCCUAGUGGUGGUGUUGACCAUAACAGCAGUGAAAGAUGCCAUCGAUGACUUGAAAAGGCACCAAAAUGACAAUCAAGUCAACAACCGCCCUGUUCUAAUUCUGAAGAAUGGGAGGGUGGAAUGUAACAAGUGGAUGAACAUUCAUGUGGGAGAUAUAAUAAAACUACAAAAUAAUCAGCCUGUCCCGGUGAGUACCUCUUUCGACUUUGACCUUUUCUCUUUUUUUGGCUUGAGUGGGAAGACUUUUAGCACUUUUGCUGCUACUGCUUUUGGUGAUCGGCCUCAUUGCAUCUGGAGACCAAUGGCUCACGUGGCUGAUAUACUGUUGCUCUCUAGCAGUGAACCUGGCAGUCUGACAUAUGUGGAAACAGCAGACCUGGAUGGUGAAACCAAUCUGAAAGUGAAGCAGGCCAUCUCGGUUACCAGUGACAUGGAAGAUAAUAUGCUACUCCUGUCUGCCUUUGACGGAGAAGUGAAAUGUGAAAUUCCCAAUAACAAGUUGGACAGAUUCGUAGGAAUACUGAUGUAUAAGGGGAAAAGCUACUCCCUGGGCCAUGACAAGCUAAUACUCCGAGGCUGUAUCAUCAGGAAUACAGAUUGGUGCUAUGGCUUGGUGAUUUUCACUGGACCAGACACCAAAUUGAUGCAGAAUAGUGGAAAGUACACCUUUAAAAGGACAAACACAGACCAUCUAGUGAAUGUCUUUGUGCUCUGGAUUGUUGUACUUUUAGUCUGCAUGUGCUCUGUCCUAGCAGCUGGGCAUUACAUUUGGGAGCUCAAAACAGGCUACUAUUUCCAGGACUUUCUACCAUGGAGUAAAUAUGUCACUUCACCAGCUGUUUCUGCCACCCUCAUAUUCUGGUCCUACUUCAUUAUCCUCAAUACCAUGGUGCCUAUUUCCCUCUACGUCAGCGUCGAGGUAAUAAGAUUAGGCAACAGUUGCUUUAUCAACUGGGAUCAGAAAAUGUAUUAUGCACCAAAGGACAUGCCAGCAGAGGCUCGAACCACUACUCUGAAUGAGGAGCUCGGCCAGAUCACUUACGUGUUCUCCGACAAAACAGGAACUCUGACGCAGAACAUCAUGAUUUUCAAGAAGUGUUCUAUUAAUGGGGUAUCGUAUGGCAAUGUCUUUGACAGAAAAGGAGAAAAAGUAGAUAUCUCUGAGAAAACUGAAAAGGUCAACUUCUCCUACAACAAACUAGCUGACCCCAAGUUUUCAUUUUAUGACAACACUCUGGUGGAAGCAGUGAAACACGGAAACCAGCAGGUGCACUUGUUUUUCCGCUCGCUCUCGUUGUGCCAUACUGUGAUGUCAGAGGAGAAAGUAGAAGGUGAGCUGGUAUACCAGGCACAGUCCCCAGAUGAAGGUUCCUUGGUCACUGCUGCCAGGAACUUUGGCUUUGUGUUUCAUUCCCGAACAUCUGAGACAAUCACGGUAGUGGAAAUGGGGGAACCCAGAGUCUACCAGCUGCUGGCUAUUUUGGACUUCAACGCUGUGCGCAAGAGAAUGUCAGUUAUUGUCAGGACACCUGAUGACCGGGUAGUGUUGUUCUGCAAGGGUGCAGACACCAUCAUCUGCCAGCUGCUUCACCCUUCCUGUAGAUACCUCCAAGAUGUGACCAUGGACCAUUUAGAUGAUUUUGCCACUGAAGGCCUUCGCACCCUCAUGGUGGCCUACCGAGAACUGGACAGUGCAUUCUUCCAGGCCUGGAGGGAGAAACACAGUGAAGCCUGCCUGUCUUCGGAGAAUCGGGAAAGGAAAAUAGCAAUUAUUUAUGAAGAGAUUGAAAAAGACUUGACGCUCUUAGGGGCCACAGCCAUAGAAGACAAGCUGCAGGAUGGAGUGCCUGAGACAAUUGCCACCCUGGAAAAAGCCAAGAUUAAGAUAUGGGUUUUAACAGGAGAUAAACAAGAGACUGCGGUGAACAUUGCCUAUGCCUGUAACUUAUUUGAAGAUAACAUGGACGAGGUAUUCAUCAUGGAAGGCCAGGACUUUGAGACUAUCAGACAAGAACUCAGGUCAGCGAGACACAAGAUGAAACUUGACCCUACCCUGGAGUCAUACCUACUCACCUCAAAGCCCAAACCAUUUUUCAGAAUCCUGGAGGAAGUGCCUAAUGGCAACUUUGGAAUGGUCAUCAAUGGUUAUAGCCUGGCCUAUGCUCUGGAAGGAAACCUGGAGGUGGAACUGAUACAGACUGCCUGCCUGUGCAAGGGGGUGAUCUUCUGCAGGAUGACACCCCUUCAGAAAGCCCAGGUCGUAGAGCUGGUGAAGAGGUACAAGAAGGUGGUGACACUGGCCAUCGGGGAUGGGGCCAAUGACGUCGGCAUGAUCAAAGCUGCCCACAUUGGGGUCGGCAUCAGUGGCCAGGAGGGAAUGCAGGCCAUGCUCAGCAGUGACUACGCCAUCUCCCAGUUCCGCUAUCUUCAGCGGCUACUCUUGAUCCAUGGCCGCUGGUCCUAUAUUCGCAUGUGCAAGUUUUUCAACUACUUCUUUUACAAAAACUUUGCCUUCACCCUGGUGCACGUCUGGUACUCCUACUUCAGCGGGUUCUCUGCACAGCCAGUUUAUGAUACCUGGUUUAUCACUUUCUACAACAUGAUCUACACCUCCCUCCCUGUCCUGGGCUUGAGUCUGUUUGACCAGGAUUUCAAUGAAACAUGGAGCCUACGUUUCCCAGAGCUGUAUGAACCAGGCCAGCACCACCUGUAUUUCAAUAAAAGAGAAUUUGUGAAGUGUUUGGUGCACGCAUUCUACAGCUCCUUGGUGCUCUUCUUUAUCCCCAUGGGGAGCGUUUACAACUCAGUGUGUAACAAUGGGAAGGAUAUCUCUGACUACCAAUCUUUUUGCCUGAUGGUGCAGACAGCCUUGCUCUCCGUAGUCACAGCAGAGAUUGCCUUGAAGACAACCUACUGGACGAUGUUGACCCACUUCUUCAUCUGGAGCAGCCUGGCCAUCUACUUCUGCAUCUCAUUCUUCCUGUACAGCGAUGGCUUAUGCCUACUGUUCCCCAGCAACUUCCAGUUCCUAGGUGUGGCAAGGAACACUCUGAAGCUACCACAAAUGUGGCUGACCCUUUUCCUCACUGUGCUUCUCUGUAUUUUGCCUGUGAUUGGCUACCAUUUUCUCAAACCACUAUUGUGGCCCAUCGGUGUGGACAAGGUUAUUGAAAGAAUCCAUCGCUGCAUGAGACAGCCACAGCUGCUGCUAAUCCAGCCCAAACAGAAACGUCCAACCUGUCGGCGUUCUGCCUAUGCGUUCUCCCACCAACACGGCUUUGGGGCCCUCAUCACUUCUAGCAAGACAGUGAAGUCCCCUUUGUAUGCAAAAAGGGUCUUCUCCUUUCAAAAGUAGUGGCACUGUGGAGACACCACAGAGGAGUCAGUCAUUACUCCAUUAUGUUUGCACAAGUUAGUAAGAUGGGAGGAGAGUCCCUUGAAAAUCCAGCAUAGACCCGUCCUUCCACUCACUCCAGGGGCCCAGGAUCUUCACUCUCUAUAAGGUUGUGCCUAGGUAAGGCAUGGAAAGAGCCCCCCAGAUACCCAUCAGAGUUGUAGCAUUUUAAGAAAAAGGAAAAAAAUCAAGCCUCUGUUUUACCAACUUUGCCAAGUUCUAAUUCACACAAGCAAAUGUGGAAGUGAUGGGUGAAGGACAGUGUGAGGAAGGGGGAAAAAAAGUAGGAACCAAGGCUCUUAACUGUGGGGCCUGUUCCAUAUGCUCAGAUCACAACCACAGACCUUGUCUGGGGCCCACACUAGAGUCCUACCUGGCACCCUUCACGGGAUUGUCAGAGGAAUCAAGGUGAAUCUUUGGUCUGAUUCUGGGUAGCAAAAGGAGAAGGUGGUUGUGAGAAGUUGGGCUUAAGAAGCUGAAGGAGAGUUUCUGGACCCUGGGAAUGGAGGUGGUUGCAGCCUUGAUCAAACAACUCACAAUUUUGCCUUCCCUUGGCCCCCCUGAUGCAAGAACUGACACCUUUUCAGGUCUCAGAACUGGCAGGGGGACCCUUCAGGGGAUUUUGAAAUAACUCUUCUUGAGGAGUCAUAAACCUUAAUCGGUAAACAUGUCUCCAAUGUAUAAAAAUCGUUUGGAGGUGAAAGUGUGUGGACUUGAGAAACUGUACGACAUUCAUAGUGUAAUAAAUUACUUACUUUGGAGUUGA